CUCCCCACCCUCCCCACACCCCCCGGCCUCCCGGGAGCCGGUUCCGAGCUGGCAGCGGCGGUCGGCAGGACCCCGGGUCGUGGCUACCCGAGAAUCUCCGGGGCAGUCAGGUCGGCAACUCUCCUCGCCGCGUCGGUGCAAAACACUCUGCCAGCCCUCUUCACUGAGACGCGAAGGAGGUGCCGGGAAAACAAAAACUGCGUUCUCCGUAUGGUUGCUGUGGAACCUCAAAAACAUCUGGAAGGACGGUCGGCGACCUGGCAAUGGCAGCUGCCGUGGAAGGGGGGGUUAGAAUGUCCUCAGCCCUGUCUGAAAGAUUUCCUGGCCCCUCCCAGGGCUUGAAGACGGGGCCUAUGUGAGCCUCACUUGCUGCACGGGCCUCUGUGCCCUGCGAAGUGUAUGGUGAGCUUCAACAAGGCAGCAAGUCCAGGGUUCAAAGUCAUGUCAGAGCCAGUGGUCAGCGGUGCAACGUGGCAUCUCUUCUCUUCCCAUGGGAUUGUGGCAAGGAUAAAGUGAAAGCAACUUAAGAUGUGCCAGCUUAUAGUGGACGUUCAAUAAACGUGAACAAAUACGGGCUUCCUUUGUUUUUGGUUGGACCACAUCAUAGCCCCAUACCACCCAAACUCUGUGCCUAAAGGGCUGAGACUGGGAUGCAGAAGAAUGCAUCACCUGGCUCCCUCCUGGUACCUUCCUGGAUGCCAUGGGGCAAGGAGAAAAGGGUCUAUUAGCCACCAUAGAGUUGUUCUUUGCUCAUCUGAAGGCUCAGAGGACUCUCAUCUCCCCCAUCCUCCUAACCUCUGUCAUUAGCAGCGGCCCCAUCAUGGAUGUUGUGCUACAUUCCUGGUAGUUGGCAAACGAAGUCAUGCAAUGUGAGGCUGUAAAGCUGGUAGACAGGACUGCUGCCCUGUUUCCCAUGUGGCGAGGGAUUGGUGGCCUCAGCAGCUUUUGGGCACUCUCUGCUCUGCAGAACUGUCUCCUAGAGACAGGCCUGAGACCCACGUUUCUACUCCAGCCUGGCCCUCUCUCCUCCGCCCCCUUCCCUUCCUGAAAACCCACUUGGACAUCCAAAAGCAUCUCAAGCUUCACUUGUUCAAAAUGGAACUCUAGAGUCCCCUCUGUGCCACUGCUCCUCUCCCAGGUUCUCUGGCCUGUUAAAUGCACCAACCAUCCACCCACUGCCUGAGGAGUCAUCCUUGAUUCUUCUCUCUCCCUCACCUCCCACAUCCACAAAACACCAGGAAUCCAAACGCUUCUCGCCACCACCACCACCAUCUCAGCCAACCCCUAAAUGUGUCCCUGCCCUGGCCUCCUGACUUGUCUCCCUGCUUCCGUCUUGGCCCUUCCACAGUCCAGGGGCCUCACAGCCGCUGGCAGAGAGUAACGUAAGUCAGAUCCUCUCCCUUCCCUGCUGAGAUCACUCUGAUGGCUUCCUUUUCCACUGCAAGUAAAACCCAAAGUCCUUGCCUUUAACACCCUACAUGAAUGGUCCGUCCCAACCUCCUUGACCUUGAUCUCUGUCCCUCCCCUUAGCUUUCUAAACCUUGACCACUGACCUGCUUUCUAUUCUUUAAACAUAUCAAGCUCAUUCCCACCCUAGGACUUCUCACUUGCUGUGCCCUCUGCUGGAAACACCGAUCUUCUCACAGCCAAGAACACCUCAGCUCAGGUGUUGCCAAUUCAGAAAGGCUUCCUUGACCAUCGUGGUUCCAGCAGCGUGCCCUUGGCCAGGGGCUCUGUCUCAUUACCCUGCUUUAUUUUCUUUAUAACCUUUACUACUAUUUGGAAUUCUUAUUUAUGUAGAUGUUUACUGAUUUGUUAUCUAUCUCACCCCAAUAGAAUAUAAAUUGGAUGAUGGCAGAGGUCUUGUCUGUCUGAUUCUCUGUAGCUCUCCCCAGUGAGAGAGGCAAAUAAGAUGCAAGGAAACAAACACAUCUAUAAUUGCAAAUUGUGGUAAGUGCUGCCUAAGCAUCUGGUGGCAGUUGCUCGUAUUUGAGGCACUUUUAUAUUUCAGGUUAUAAGACCGAACUACUGUAAUGUCAAAACAAGCUCUCUGAGCCAUUUUAGGGGUAAGGAAAAGCCUGGAAAAGACUGGUAACUUGCACCAGGUCACACAGUGAGGGGAACUCAGCCUCCUACUCUAAGCACAUGUAUGUAGCAAGCUUUAGAGGUGGCCUGCUGUCAUGUUCUGGAAAGAACCUGCUUCUGGAUCCUCAGUUCUUUGCUCUUCUACUAACUAGCAAGGCCCCUUAAUUUCUUGGUACUUCAUUUUAUUCGCCUUUAAAUUAGGAUGGAUCCUGUUAUUAUCAUGUUGGGCUGCUGCUUUUUUCCCCCCAGUAUACCCCAAAGCAGCAGCAUUUCUAGGUGGAGCCCUCUUAUUAUCAGCAGCUAGGGGCACAUACAGAACUGGGGCAGAUGUGGGGGGAGCCAGAGUGCUCCCCAACCCUAGCCAACCCUCAGGGCACACAUGGGCCCUAGACCCUCUGGAUCUGAUUCUUUUUGGUUCCUCCAUUCAUCUGUAAGCAAAUUCACACAGGGCCUCUGGGACUCAGGCAAUCAUAAAAUAGGAUGAUUAAAGACAAAAGCAAAAAUUCCAAAGAGUCGAGAAAGAAAGAAUUGCCUUUUGUCCAACUCCACGCUCACCCCUGCUGCCAUGUGUGGUCUAUCUUCUUCUAGUCUCUUUUCAUCUCUCUCAGUCCAUCCACCCUUCAUGGGCCAGAGCCCUCUGUCACUUCAGAACCUGGACAGCGAUGACGGUUGCCGAGGACAAGACUUUUCAGUAUAUCCGCCAGCAUCACAGCAAUUUUUCCCGGAUCCAUGUUCUGGAGAUUCUGCCUUACUUGUCCUGCCUCACAACCAGUGAUCAGGACCGACUGCGGGCCACCUAUGAGCGCUGGGGGAACCAGGACACCCUCUUGGAGCUCUUCACCAGCCUUCGGCGGCGGAACGGCUGGGUGCAUUCCCUCAUUGGGGCACUGAGGGCCUGUGAGCUGUCUGGUCUCGCUGAUGAAGUGGCCCGCAUAUACCACAGCAGCUUGCCGCGGACCUCUAACCGCCCUCCAGCCCCACUGGAGCCGUCAUCAGUUCCUGCUGAGGUUCCAGAGCCCUCCAUCCCCGCUGAGGCCCCCAGCGCCCCCCACAACGGCUACAGAGGGGAGGAGCCAAGUUACCCCAUGCCUGUCCAGGACACGCGGCCGCCAGAGCCCGAGGGAGAGAGUUCAAGGAAAGCCCCAGAAACACCCAGCCCUGGGGCUGUCCUGAGGAGACCAGAUGGCCCCCUGGAGCCCUCCUCUGACCUGGCAGCCACCAGCCCUCUGACCUCAAGUGGGCCUCAGGAGCAGGACACAGAACUGGGCAGCACCCACUCAGCAGGCAUGGUCUCCGGCCUCACGUCACCCCGUGGGCCUGUGUCUCCAACCGUCUCCUUCCAGCCUCUGGCCCGUUCCACCCCCAGGGCAAGCCGCUUGCCUGGACCCCCAGUGUCAGCUCUGUCUACUGACACCUCCUCCUCCUCCACCAUCUUGGCCUCUUCAGGGAGUGCUGGUGACCACGCUGAGGCUACCAUCUGCUCCAGUGGGGUGGAAGUGCCCACCACCUCUAUGACCACCAGCACAGUGCCCUCCAAAGUGCCCACGAAGCCAGCAUUUCCCAGCACAGUGCCUUCCAAGUUGCCUACCAGCUCGAAGCCCCCUGGUACAACGCCUACUAAAGUGCCUGCCAAUCAAGCACCAUCCAAAUUGCCCAUCAAUUCAACGCGUGCUGGCACAGUGCCACCCAAAGUAGCUACUAGCUUGGCUCCUGACCACAGGAUACCCAUGAGCAUGAUGCCCAGCAAGGUGCCUGCCAACACCGUGCGCACCAUCAGGAGCAGCCAGAGACCUGAGGAGGAGACUCCAGCAUCUCUAGCACCCACAGGUGCUGCGGCUGCUGGAGGCAGCUCGCCCUGGCCAGACAGCAGCUCCAACAACUGGGGCUCAGAGUCAGAGCUGAGCAAGCCCGGCAGGCUGAUAUCCCGGAUGGACAACCAGCCAUUGUCAGUCUGCUCCGCGGACCUCGCCAUCAGCUCCAGCGACAGCUUGGGCACAGGGCCUGAGAACGUCCCGGAGGAGAAUGAGUAUGAUUCAGGGUCGGUGGACUCCAUCAGGAUCCAUGUGGCUGAGGACCCCAGUCCCGACCUACUGGAGGGCAACCCCAGGCCGCAAACUGACCAGCAUCUCCAGGAGUUCGAAAAGACGCUGUGUGGCUGGACUGUCCCUUGGGUUCAGUGGCUUGGGGUGGCUGCAGCUGGGGCGAUCCUGGCUGCGUUCCUGGCUGCGCUGUACCGUAGGCGCCUGCUCCAGUGACGCCCCUGGGCCCUUCCUGCCUUGUGUCUGCUUCCUUCCCUGCAGUACAUCCGACCUGAACCACGGAGCUGGGCUGUCCCGCCCGCCUUGUCCCUUUUUCGGGGCUGACAGAGCCUGGAUCAGAGGGGAGCCAGGGGGCCUCAGGCCUGGCAGGAGGCUGAGUCAUGCCUGGACUGAGUCCUGGGAGGCAGCAUUUCCAUCCCAGCUUGUGCCCUCUGUGGCUCCCUCACCAUCCUCGGCUUUCUGAGCCCUGGGCUACCUGGUGUGCUCCAAACCUCACCCACCUAGCAAUCUGGGUUGUUGCGCUUGUCCUCUGGGGGAGGUGCCUCUGUCCAGGCUUUAUCCCUGUUUGCCCAAGUCUGUGGAUCACGAGGUGCUGCUGGAGGGUGCAGAAGGUUGGCAAUGCCCCCCAUCCUGCCCUGGUCCCUGGCAGCUAACAGCAGAUGUGUGGGUGGGGACUUACAGGACCUCACUCCAGCCCCCAGCAGCUCAGCCUGACGCCAUUGCCCCAGAAGCCGUAGGGUGGCCCGUCUCCAGGGAUGCAGCUCUUCUAGGCAAGGGUAAGGAGGAGGCCCGGAGAUUCCUGUGGACCCCUGGGAGACCGAGGCAGCUGCUAGGCCUGAGGACCACCUCCAGAGCUCCCUCCAACCUCCUCACCCCCUCUCCUCUUUCCCUCCCUCCUGGUCUCCAUUCUCUUCAGCUCUAUAGGAAGGUUGGGGAGGGGGCACCUGUGGGACAGAGCUCAGGCCAAGAUUUGGAUUUCAGCUCCACCCCUUCCUGGGCUGUGUGGCCUUGGCAGAUGAUCAGAUUUCUCUGGUCUUGCUUCCCCAUCUGGACAGUGAAGAUCGUGGCUCAUCCUUCACUGGGUUCUUCUGAGACUGAAACAUACGGGUGUUUGUCAAGUGCCUGGCCCAGAGCAGGUAGCCACUAAAUGCUUCCCCCACCUCUCCCCUGCCCAGCCUGGUAGAGGUGAGGGCAUAAGAGGCAGAGUGCCCAGGGGUAAGGCUGCAACUCUGCCGUGUAGGGCGGCCUAGGCCUGCAUCCUGCUCUGUCUCUCACUAGCUCUGUGCUCUUGGGCAAGGUGUUAACCUCUCUGUGCCUCAGCUUUCUCACCUGUAAAUUGGGGAUGAAUAGCAAACUUAUAUAUACAUAUAUUUCUUAGUGUUGUUGUGAGGAUUAAAUGAGUUUAUCUAUAUAAAUCUUAGAAUGGUUCCUGGCAUUUGCUAAGAGUGGGACACGUUGUUAUUAUCACUGUUCAAAUGUGGAGGGACUGGAGCACUUGGCUACACCUUUAGAGGCAGACCCAGACCCUCCUGCCUCGCCCCUUUAUAUUUGCCCCUUAUGUUGUCCUGUGCAUUGGGGAAUUGUUGGGGAGUAGGGAGGGAGGCAUGUCCGCUGGGGCAGCUGUGCAGGAUGGGGGCUGGGGUGCCCCCAGCAGCCGGGUGGAUUGGGGGUAUCCUUGUGGGUUCUUUUCACGCCAUCAUUGCUGGACAAGGGGCAGGCACAGGAGCCUCUGGAGCUACCUCCAUUUCUGGGCUCUGCAAGGGACAGGGACUAGAGCCCUGGGGACACAUCAGGGGUACGGGUUGCCGUGGCCCACCCCCAAGCUGUGAGUCUGCAGGGUUCUGCACCCUGCUUAGGCUGCUACAGCCUUUCUUUGCACUGCCCUAGGGGAUUUCAGUGACCUAAUGACCUCUACUUCAACCUCUGAACUUCUCUUCAACCCUUGCUCCAAACGCAACAACCUGCACCCUGAAACCAGGAGUGGUCCCUACCCAGGCUGUCUGCACCACGCCCCAUCAGCCUUGCUCUUGACCAGCCCUCUGUGCUCCUCCCUCCCUUUCAGGCACCCAGGUCAGUAAACAGUUAAUGCACAGGUAUUAGUUUUAAUGUGUUACCCUCCGAGCGUAGCUUUGGAAAGUUUCACAAAAAAAGCAAUGUGUAGUCCCAGAGAACACUACUUAAAUGAUGAGAUUUCAAGCACAUUGACCAGCUGCGUGGGAGAUACUUUUGGCUAAGGUGUGUAGGAAGCAUUCAGGGAUCUACCUGGCACUUUUCAAAUUAUGCCUCCCAGAAGCCCUGACUUGGCCGGCAUUGAACAGCAUUCCUAUCUUGGCUGUCGUCAGCCUGAAGGCCUCUAAAAUGCCACCUUCAAGCAGGAUUGGGAAUUGGCUAGUGUAUUGAGGCCUGUGGCCAGGAGAGGGUUUGGGGUAGUUGAUAAGAUGUGUCAGAUCUCCGGAGUCCUCGGUUUGGAGUGUGGCUUUCAGCUGCAGGAGGGUGCAUAUAGGACAGAGACCCAGGCAGGUUACCCUCACUGCCAUGGCAUGGAUGACGUGGAGGCCAGAACCCAAUGGGAGGGAGGGAGGACCUCUACCCCCAGUGGUGGGCCCAGCCACCUAUAGUUGGAGACUUGGGAAAACACACUUCCCCUAGGGGUAGAGGCUGGAGAGGGGCCAGAGGGCCCAGUGCCAUCCUGAGCACUUAGUGCAAACUCACCAGGAGCCAAGGUACCCGUGUAUAACUCCCUCUCCACCUUCUGUUUCCCGCUGACACAUUUCCCUCAAAGCUCGAGAGCUGCCACUGCUUCUCUCUCCCUGGGAAACACCUGUGGACCCUGCUUGAUGACCUAUGAAGCCAGACUCUCACCUUAUUUCCCUUGCUGGAUGUACUCAGAUUUAACAGGAUUUAGGGGAAUUUCUAGUCAAAGAUCAGAAAGAUGCCCUUUACCCUUUCAGGCCUUGGAUUAUUCAUAGCUUCUUUCAAGAAACAUCUUUUAUUAUGGAAAACUUUCAGAUACACACAAAAGUAGAGAAAACAGACUAAUAAUCCCCCAUGUGCUCAUCACGCAGCUUCAAUAAUUGUGGACUCAUAGCCAGUCUUGUUCAUCCCUGCCCAAUUCCCCUUUUUCUGUAUAGGUUCCUUUUGUAAGUUAGAGUGAAGGGUUCAGAAAGCCAAGGGGCGGACUUUCUCCCAAGGCAGCGUUAGGUAACAAUGAAGAAUUCCCCUCUUGGUUUCUUGGCCUCUGUGGGUGACAUCCCUAUUGAACCAAUUCCAAGUAUGAGCAACACUGGGUCCCUCUCUUAGGAGGGGACCAGAGGGCUUCCUCCACUGACAAGCUCCUUGGGGGGUCUGGCUACUCUCCUGUGCCAGGUGAUGAUUGAUGGGGGUGUGCAGUGGCAGUUUGCAGCAUUACACCAGGGGCCUCCUCUAUAAUCUGACAGAGCCCUUCCAGCAGCAGAAUUUCCAUUCUGAGCCAGAUUCAAACUCCACAGCAUGUCUCCUGCUCUUACAGAAGUCUCCUAGGAAUAGAGUCAUUCGGGCCUUGAGGUCCAUUGCUUUCCACCAACGAACAAUCAAGAAGCUGAUAGGAACCCCGUCCCCCCACCUCCAGGGAAAGUGGUGUCCAGGAUCCCCGGUCUAAUCUGUGCUGGAAGUGAUAACUCUCCAUGGAUGAGAAUCACAUGCUCCCCAUGUGCUCACCUUUCUGUUCUUUUCCCUGUAGCCCAGAGCCAUGAAGUUCACACCUGGUGCUGGACCUGCUCACCCAGCAUUCUUCACUCCUGCUGCUGCCGUUGUUAACAACAGCAAUAAUAAAAAGGGCUACUUUCCUACCCCUUACCUCACUGUGUGCCAGGCGCUGGGCUAAGUGCUUUACGUAUAUUAACUCAUUUAAUCCUCACAACGACCCUACGAAAGGGGUACCAUUAUGACCCAAUUAACAACUGGUCUGCAGGACUGGGAGGGAGGAAGGACCAGAGGUGACAAUGCAAGGGAAAUCUCUGACCCUGACUCCCAGAGAUGGAUGCUCUCUACGCCCAUGACCCACAGCUGAUUGGGUGUCUGGGACCCGGGACCCCAUUUAAAGUGAGAUUUCACACCAGCAUAUCUCUGCCCAGUGUGCCAAGAUCUGCCACCUGCUGUCAUAGUGUGAUACUGUGCAAUAGAUAGUUAAUAUAGUCCCAGAGAUGUUGUAACAAUAUGACUAUAAUCAUCCUGUGUGUGCCCAGGCUUAAUGGUUUGAGGCCGUGUGAGGUGGGGCAGGGGACACAAGCCUAAAAUGCCAGACCUCCAGAGGCCGGUUUGGUUUGGCAGACAUUGUUUAUUAAAAGAUUCUCCCGUGCCAAGUCCAAGCCUAAAAUGAGUAAGACAGCUGCAUACCCUCCGGUGGCUGGGGAUGGCCCACAAAGUGUGGUGGAUACAAAUAGACUUUCAUAUCAUUCUUUCAUGUAUUUAUACAACAAAUAUCUAUUUUGAACCUACUAUGUGCAGAGUACUGGGAUAGGUCUUGGAGACAUAGAAUAAUAAAGCAAAGACCCCACCCCAAGAACCCCCUUCCAUUGUCUCCAAUACAAUUGUGAGUGGUCUAAAGAGGUGUUCCAGAAGCGUGAGGGGGGGUGGACGGAAGGGACAACUGUUUUGAUCAGUUACAUACUAUUAAUAAUUAUAACCACCAAAUCCAAGAAAACAGUAACACUUAGAGCCUAUAGGGAAUAAGAAAAAUAUUAAGUAUAAAUUUACAAAGAUACCCACCAGAAAGGCUAAAAUGAAAGUGUCUGACAAGA